GUUUUACUUUUUAUUUAUUUUUUAAGGAUAAAAUUGUAUUUUUUUGUAUAGUUUGUAUGGCAACAUUCAUUUAACCUCAAAAGCUCAAUUUGUUGAUUUCUUGUGACACAUAAAAUUUCAAUAACAAAUUAACAAACCGGAGAAUAACUUACCAAGAAUGGACAAAUUGAAAGAAAUUGAUGUGAAAGCAGUAAAUUGGAAAUCAAUAACAAAAGAAGGUCUUGAUCUGGAAUAUGCUGUAGCUAUACCUAAAAAUAUUGCAAGUGAUAUAUUUAAAGAACUAGAAAUAAGUUUAGAAUAUUUUACCGGAGACCUGUCUAAAAUAAAGGUUUUUGGCAAAGUCUAUCCUUUGCCGCGGCAGCAGGUAGCCUACGGCGACCCGGGUAUAACGUACACGUAUUCUGGCACCACAGUACCUGCCUUACCCUGGCCCGCUCCUGUUCUGGCUUUGCGAGACUUUCUGGUAGCUCUAAAAGGAAUUAAAUACGACUUUGUCUUAGUUAACAAAUACAGAAACGGCAACGAUCACAUGGGCGAGCACAGAGAUAAUGAACCAGAGUUAGAUCCAACAGCGCCCAUAGCGUCGAUAUCGUUCGGACAACAACGGACUUUUGUACUCAAACACAGAGAUGCAAGAAAGACUGGCAACGAUAAAAGACCAAUACCUCCAGUAAAGAUCGAGUUGGAACAUGGCAGCGUACUACUUAUGAACCCACCGACGAAUGAGAUAUGGUAUCACUCUUUACCGACAAGAAAGAAAUUAAUGGCUCCAAGAAUCAAUUUAACAUUCAGAAAGAUGCGUCUUAAACGAUAAUGCACAUAAGCAAAUUAUUCAUUUUUUUCUGAGCUGAAUGCCAUUGUUCCUUUGUCAAUGACAUCGAUGACGUAAAAAGCAACUGUCAGUCAAUUGUCAAAUAAUUUGCUUUUGUCAAUCGAAGUAAUAAAAUGAUUUGUUGUGCUGUUAUUUCGUAUUAAUAUAAUUAAAUAGUACUACAAAA